ACUCUACACGUGGCCCUGCUCCUUUAAACACCUGGAGCCGGCUUUUGGCUCAUCUGACUAUUAAUUAACAUUUAUUGGAACAGGGAAGUGCCUUACGCUGGCAGGGCCUGCACGCUUACAGUUGCAUCUGGACGAUCGGGCCCCACGGCUUGCACUGCAUUCCAGGGGGCUGCCGCUGUCGUCAGGCUGAUUCUUUCUGACAAGUUUGAAAAUACUAAAGCACCAGGCUUCUAUUGUGAUUUCCUUUUCAGUGUGGAGAGAUUUUUUUUUAAAAAAAAGAUAGUUGAUCGCUGUGCGCCUGCCUGGCCAGAUGCAGAGAGAGAGAGAGAGAGAGAGAGAGCGAGCGAGCUUGAGCUUCUGCGCUGCCAUCAGUGGGAAGUGGGCCAGGCGGCGUAGUGAGGCAUUUUCGAGUCGGCUCGGCAGUGGCUGCCUGCUGUGCCAGUCAGAGUCAGGGGGGCGGAGAGCAAAAAAAAAGAAAAAAAGAUAUUUGAAGUGAUGUCAGAGUCACAUGGAUUUUCAUGUGGUCAUGCACUGAGGCAGAGACAGAGCUGUGCUGGCCAGCUGCUGCUGAGACAGCAGUGAAGGGCUUUUGCUCUGGUGCUACUUUUCUCAUAUGGACUUGGAGCUUAAUGAUGUAUUUUGUGAUUUCAGCUAUGAAAGCUCAAAUCGAAAUAAUUCCGUGUAAGAUCUGUGGCGAUAAAUCAUCAGGAAUUCAUUACGGUGUUAUAACAUGUGAAGGUUGCAAGGGCUUCUUCAGACGAAGUCAGCAGAGUAACGCUACGUACUCGUGUCCUCGGCAAAAGAACUGUCUGAUAGACCGAACCAGUCGCAAUCGCUGUCAGCACUGCCGACUACAGAAGUGUCUCGCUGUUGGAAUGUCACGUGAUGCUGUCAAGUUUGGCAGGAUGUCAAAGAAACAGCGGGACAGUCUAUAUGCAGAAGUACAGAAACACAGGAUGCAGCAGCAGCAGCGUGAUCAGCAACAACAGCCAGGAGAAGCAGAACCACUGACACCCACCUAUAGCCUCUCCAGCAAUGGAUUAACAGAUCUGAAUGAAGACCUUAGCAGCUACAUUGACGGCCAUACCACUGACGGCAGUAAAGCUGAUUCUGCUGUCAAUAGCUUCUACCUAGAUAUUCAGCCUUCACCGGAUCAGUCAGGACUGGACAUCAAUGGCAUCAAACCUGAACCAAUAUGUGACUUCACACAAGGAUCAGGCUUCUUUCCAUACUGCUCCUUUACAAACGGCGAGACCUCUCCUACAGUGUCUAUGGCAGAACUCGAACAUCUGGCACAAAACAUCUCAAAGUCUCACAUGGAAACGUGUCAGUACUUGAGAGAAGAGCUCCAGCAAAUGACUUGGCAGACGUUCCUGCAGGAGGAAAUGGAGAGCUACCAGAAUAAGCCCAGGGAAGUCAUGUGGCAGCUUUGUGCGAUCAAAAUAACGGAGGCCAUCCAGUAUGUGGUGGAGUUUGCCAAACGCAUAGAUGGUUUCAUGGAGCUGUGUCAGAAUGAUCAAAUAGUACUUCUUAAAGCUGGUUCUUUGGAGGUCGUGUUUGUUAGAAUGUGUCGUGCCUUUGACUCUCAGAACAACACUGUCUAUUUCGAUGGGAAGUACGCUGGACCAGAAGUAUUUAAAACAUUAGGUUGUGACGACUUGAUCAGCUCAGUCUUUGAGUUUGGAAAAAACUUGUGUUCAUUACAUCUAUGUGAAGAUGAGAUUGCAUUAUUUUCUGCAUUUGUCUUAAUGUCUGCAGAUCGGUCCUGGCUUCAAGAAAAAGUAAAAGUGGAAAAACUUCAGCAGAAGAUACAGCUGGCACUUCAGCAUGUUCUUCAAAAAAAUCAUAGAGAGGAUGAGAUAUUAACAAAGUUGAUAUGCAAGGUCUCGACACUGCGAGCGUUGUGCAGCAGGCAUACAGAGAAGCUCUCAGCAUUUAAAGCAAUAUAUCCAGACAUUGUGCGUGCUCACUUCCCUCCUUUGUACAAAGAAUUGUUUGGUUCCGAGUUCGAGCAGCCUAUGCCAGUUGAUGGGUAACGGCCUCUCUCUCACAUGAACACUGCCUGGAAUGUUUGAAGUACCCAGAGAUGAAUGAAUCUGAGACACUUUACGGUGCCCUGCACAAGCCAGGAGAGCCGACACGCUGCACAUUUGGGGAUUCUUUACGUUUGUGUCUUGUUUUGUUUUUGUUGGGCAUGGGUGGGAAUCUGGCACUUGGCGUAAAGGGGGAAGAUCAAACUAAUAUUUACAAUGUGAUAUUUAAUGUUGAACUUGUCUUUCUUAUGCAUAUGGUUUUCCGUUACUGAAGAUAUGGAUUUGUUCCUUUUCCUGGCUCUUAUGAUUUGACAGUUUCCCCUCUCAGUAUGGUCUGGAUUAAGUUACUUAAACAAUAUGGCAUUGGAAAGACUCUUUCUUUGAUGGGUCAAGUCAAACUGGUGUAGUUGGAUGGGACAAUAUAUGGACAUAGGGCUCUGUAGUCAAGACAGUUUUUAUUACUGGUAUUCACACUGCCACAAGUGAAGCAGGGGACAUCUGUACCUCCUUUAUAUGCAGCACAUACCAUGGAGUUAAAAUACAGACGGCUUUAUAUAUAAGAAAGGACUUUGCAUCUAUGGCCCACUGCCUUAGCUCUGCUCAAGCAAAACCUCAGGGUCAUAGUUUCUCUUGGCCAAGAAACUUCCUCUCCAUCCAUGCCCAAAAUGGGCGCAAUCAGUAAACACGGGGUAAUCCGGGCAGAAUCUACUGCCACAUUUUCUCAAUUUUAAAAGGCUAAAAGAUCGACAUCAACCUAUGUAAUGGAUUUAGAGAUUUGUCUGUGCUCCAGAGGCGCCCUCACAGUGUGGAAACUGUAUGCAUACCCAGAGCAAGUUCAGAAUACUCCUAUUCCAAAUGCAGUGAACCAACAGCGAUGCAGAAUGAAAACAAAAAUAAUAAAUACAUUACCUUCAAUUACGCUGAGGCAGCCCAGAGGCAAUCGUGAGGUAACACGCACCUUUUCUAAGGACAAUCUAUACAGUGAACUGUAGAAUUCUGGUGCAUUCCAGAGUGAAAACCUUCAAAGGCUUUAGCUGUAAAUUGCGCUGUCCUCUGUGGUUGCUUAAUGAAAUUAGAUAAAGCCAUUUGGCUCUGUUCUUCGCUGGGGAAGUGUCCUAGUAAGGUACAAAUAGAAAUAGGGUCCAUUUCAUCAGUUGAAAACAAAAACUGUUACAGGGUAUAUGAUCAUAAAUACUUACUAUACAGGAAAAUAAAUGUUUAUAUUCUAUUUUAAAUAACAUGUAUGAUAUACGUAGUUAGCACAUUCUUUAUUGUUGAAUUGAUAAGGCACUUUUAAUUUGCACCUUUCUUUAAUUUAAGACUUGUGUAUUACCUAGUGAUGUGUUGCAUGUGUACAAGAAAUACAAGUUUAACUAUAAAAGUUGAGGAGGGAGUCUCAAAAGAUGCUGCUGAUCGUUUGGUUUGUGAUGUUUGAUCGACCCGGGAUCUAGUGAUUGUGAUAAUAUUGUGAUGAGGAGGAUUAAAUGUAUGUUAGCUUUUGCAAAUUAAGAGAAAAGAAAGAAAAAAAAACUUAUUUAUCCUUAGGGGCUGCUGUAAUACCAAUAAUAAUAAGAAGAAGAACAACAACAAUAAUAAUAAUAAUUACGCUGCUCUGUAAAGUAACAGAUGUUUGCAGCCAGAACACCUCAAAGAACUUGCACACUGCUGCUUACAGCUGUCAAUGUAUUGUGUCUGCGCACUCAUUUCUAUUAUAGGGGCUACAAAUGCUUACCUGAAGCGGGCACGGCGAUCUAAGGAGGCGGCUUUGACAAACUUUUGCUGCUGUCCAAAGUUCUGAUGUGUUUGUUUACUGUAACAAGGAAAACAGUAAAGGGGGAUGAAAAAGGUAAAAUCUCUGAGCAACCAAUUCCAUCUUCAAAUGUAGAUAACCUUUCAGAUCUGUUGUCAGCGCACAGAGUUUUGAAGGCUCCAUGUGUUUGAUGUAGCAGUAUUCUGUAUUCCGCUUCAGUAUUUGGUUGCCACGCUUUCAAGUGUUUCGUCGUUAGAUCACGCUUUCUUCAACUCAGAUGAAAACUGCAAAAACAGCAAUAAGCAAGAGAAACAAUGAAGCAGUUUGUUGUUUUGACGUGAAAAAGCACAUCUUUGCUGUCAAAGUGUUUAUUUUCAGUACCGUGUGCAUGCAAGUUAGUAGGUCAGUGCUAUGGCAGGUUGGGCCCUGCUUACACUGGUCCGGGAGUGGUUGAUGAAUGGGAGCUGGUGCAGGCGGAAAAUUAAUGUUAGGAUUGCGCUAGACUUUUUAAAAUACAUCCUGGUGAAGGGCCCUAAGAGUAAGCAUUCCCAAAGUGUACUUAUGAUCAUACCUUUUCCAUCCAGAGUGCACUACAUCCAAGAACACAAAGGAAAAGAAAACAAGCAUCACAUUAAAAAUAAGAAUGUUUGACUUUUUGUCGUCAAAUUGAACUUUCACAGCUCUAAAAUAUGCAAACUUACCCCCCAGCACUGAACUGCAAUGUUGGUGGUCCUACAGCCAGAUCCUGCCUACCUUCAGUCAUGAAAUGCUCCAAAUCGAUUUCAAAUGAAUGAACAGGGCUUUAUCUCCGUGAGUCAUUUGAACUGCUCCUCCUUCCUUUCCAUUCUAGCUUCUUUUGCUGAUCUUUAUCAGAUAAAGAAUUUUGCAAAAUGGACCAAAGUUCUCCACAAUGGCAUGACAAGAACAAAGGCAGGAGAAAUGGGAAAAUAUUAUAUAGCCAUGAAUCUAGCCUUUAUUAGAUCAAAUCUAUAGGUUCCUCGAGGUUUACUCUUCUUUUCUGCCAUCUAUUAAGGGUGUCCUGCUCCAUUCUUGGAGGGCCACAGUGGCAGCAGGUUUUCCUUUUUGCCAUUUUCUUAAUCAGUGACCAGAUUGUGCUGUUAAUUGAGGUCUUGUUUUUUAAGACUCAAUCUUCUGAAUGUCCAGUUUAUUUCCUUUAAGUGGCAGACACAAAAUAAUGAGAUUGGAUGCGAGUCAACAGAUGACCAUCUAAGUCGGGCCCACAAACUCUAACCAAUUUCACUCUACCCAGUUCCUUAAUUAAAAGUCAUUUCUUGUUAAUUAAUUUAUUUAAUUCCAUUCUGCCACAGCAGACAUUUCCAAAACUGUCAAUUUUCCCUUUGCUGUGAGCACCGUCAAAAUGUUUUGUGGGCCCAACGUUACUGAGACCUUCACCUUUGUUUAUUUAGAGAUGCGGUGUGAUGGGUAGAGGAUAGCUGGCCAGGCGUUGGCUCACUCUCUAUGUAAUUUUUGUUUGCCUUAAAUAGCAAGUCAAUUAGAAUUAAGGCAAAAUUAGUUAAUGAGCAGCAAAAACUGGUCACUAAUUAAGAAAGUAGUGAGAAUGAAAACCUACAGCCACGGCAGCCCUCCAGGAUAGGAGCUGGACACCGCUAUUACUGUUCCAUGCUGUUAUUAGUUAAGAUUCUCAUUAUUACCGUUUGCCUAGAAUGAGCCAUGUUAAAUAGGCUGAACAUAAGAGGAAAUAGUGAUUUAUCAGAAACGCAUUCAUGUUAGACCUUUGUGGCCUCACCCUUAGUCUCAGCUCAUUCUCUAUCCACACCUAUCCAAACUAAUGCCUAUAUGGCCCACCGCCACAAACAGAAAAAAAAAAAGACUACUGUCCUGAGUAGUUGUUGGAUGUGCUGGGAUUGAGUUGAGGUCUGAGCAGCCUGAACAGCUCUAGGCCCGUCACGACCAGCUUCCUUCCAGAGUCACGUUUUCGAAUGUUUAACAAAAUUCUGAAUGUGACCCAGCUUUGCAAUACGAGCCUCAUCUUCCAUUUCCUGUUUAUUUGUUUUACUUUUGGUCGAAAUCUUCUAUGCAGCUCCACUGCAUAUCUAAGAGCUUUAAACAUUCCCCUGGAUUAGAAUAACAGGAAAGAAAGGAUAUUCACAUGAUAGUUGAAAUGCUGACAGAAUUCUUUUCAACAAUCAGUAUUGUGAGUUUAUUUACAGUAAAAAGGAAGGGGAGAUUUCAAGCAAAAACAAUUUAGAAUGUAUUUAGGGGAACAAAAGCUGAAGAAAAAAAAACAUGUAAUGUCCCAUAAUGCAUUUUGGUUGCCAUUUAUAGAGAAGCUCAGCUGUUGCAGUUCCAUUUUAUUCCAUUAGGUGGUGAGGUGAAUAAAACUCUGCAGUAAGGUGUGCUAGCAAGUCUGCCAUCUAAUGGUUUAAAAGAAAACAGCAGCCUUAAUCAUUUAGGAGGACAUAUUUUCAGCAGACAAAUGUGUAAAUCUGCAGCUAGUUAUGUAGUAACAGAGUUACAGGAAUAACUGGAAAAAGCAACUUAUAAUCAGCAGCAGUGCUCCUUUUAGAGUUUUCAGUUUCUCUAUGAGGCUUGGUUUGCAGUUUUAUACUCCACUCCUUGUAUGUAUGUGUGCACGCGUGGCUGCUUUUUUCCCAUUAGGUGUUGGUCAGUUAGGAAAAUCCACCAGUCAACAGGCAGAAGAAAUAGGAAAAGAAUAUUAUAUUAAAAGCCUUGUCUGGUAGAAAAGCUUCUAUUUUUUUACCCUCAAAGAGAAGAUAGGAGGCACUUAUACAAUUCCUGCAAUAAUAAAAAUAGUGUUUUUCUUUGUUUUACACUAAAAUAAAUAAGUAAAUAAAAAAAUGCAAGACAAUGAAAAAAAAACUAUUUUAUAAGAGUUUACUUUUGAUUUGUUCUGGUUUUGUUUUUUAGCAGUGUAUGUCUAUGUCUUGAUAAAUCUGUUCAUUUGUACCUGAAUGUGCCAUGGUAAAUGUUUGUUAACUUGUCUGUCAUAGUAAGGUAGGCAAUAUUGUAUUGUGACAUUCCAAAAGCAAGAGUUUUAAUAAUAUAUACAUAUAUAUGUAUACAUAUAUAUAUAAAUAUUUGUGUGUAUGUAUAUGGGUGUUUUAUAUAUAUAUGUGUAUAUACAUAAUCCAACUGUUGGGUAUAUAUACUCAAACACACACAUAUACAUAUAUGUGUGUAUAUAUAUAUAUUAUAUGAUAAACUAAACUUUUACAAAAAUAUUAAUAAUAAGGGUGUCCAAAUAGGAAGCUUGUAUUACUGUUGCUUUUUUGCACAUGUUUUUCAUUCCUGUAUCGUGCAAUAUAUGUACAUAUCGCAUUUGCGUAUGUACUUUAAUUCCUCAGGGAAUAUAAAGAUCAGAUAUUUUUACAGAUUGUGUGUGGGGGGGUUUUGAUGUUUUGGGGUCUCAUUUUGUGUGUGUUUGCUAAGAAAUGUCAAUUCAAUCAUUCACUGAGAUACAUCAAAUGCAGCCAGCUACUGGUUCAUGCCAGACUCACAGAUGUCCGUCUCUUUUGUUUUACUUGAUUAAUGGGGUCAGACUGAAGUCAUCAGAACGUAUGCAUGUACAUGUAGCUGCUGUUAAUUAAAAAAGAGGCUUUUUGCACAUUCUGGCAUUGACUAGAUCAGAUAAAACCUGCCCAAAUGUCUUCAAUUGGCAAACAGGUUGCUAGUGUGUAUAAAGUGUGGAUGUAAAGGCUGUUGAUUAUUUUCUGGAACGUUAAAUGUUUACACUUGACGCUUUGCUCUGUUUCUCCUCACAGACACAUUUGGCAUAUCUCAUUCCUACAACCCAGUACUUCCUGCACCUUCAAUUAUUUUUUCCUAAUUUCUUGAAGGCACAGUCCCCCCAUAUAUUAUUUCAAUAGCUUAAUAUUAGUCACUUUUUUACCGCUUAAAUUUUUUAAAAUGUAAUGAAUAAUGAAUCAAUGCACAAUUUCCAGGCAAUGUCAACACUGCUACAUUUUUAUUUAAAAAUGCAGACAUUCGUCUGUUUUUGCAUUUUGUCCACACUAACCUGGUGUUUUUAACUCUUAAAACCAAAGACUUUUGAAAAUUCUCUCCAGAGCCGCAUACAUCUGAAAGCACCAGCUCGGCACUGCGAUAUGGACGAGCGACAACAUAGACUUCUGAAAAUGCUGACCGCAAUUGUGCUUGGAUUUGUUCAUGCUGAUUACGUAACCGUUCCCUAAUUGGAUCGGACUCAGUACAACAUCUCAGUCCCUGAUUGGUCACCUUUCACGAAAGAAAACCAAAUUUAAGCAUAGCAGAUCCAGAAGAGUUGCUCUCCACGGCGCUUGUUUCGUUUCUUACUUGUGCCCAUCUAAAUCGUGUUUUGUACAUUGUGAAUGCUGCAUACGUGCACCAAAGGCAAAUAAUUCACCAGCUGCUACAAAUUUCCGAUAAAUCCCAUAGCUGGUGGCAUUACCAGAGAUACUUUCAUAAGUAAUGUGAAAAUGCUAGGGCGGAGAGAUCAGUUUUGUUUAAAAACGCUAUUUUUACAUAAAAACAUAGUUAUAGCCUCAGUGAGGACUGGUUAUCUGAAUGUGAUAAUAGCAAAUUACAUUUCUGUGUCCCUCCUUACUAUGGUAUGAAAAAGAUAAAUCGAGCACAUAUAGGCUACUGUGCGUUGCGUUUUUCUCUUUCGAAAUGUUUUAUAUUUUACAAUCAGUUAUUUCUAAACUAAAUGACACAGUAUAUGAAUGGCUUUAAAAGUCAUUUCAAAAAUGUGAAUUUUGUGUAGAAAAUGCAAUUUACUGAAAAUCCAUGCAAUACAUAUGAAAAACAUUUGGAACAUAAAUAUUACAAGAAUUAUACGAAACCAAAAUAAGGUAAAGUUCCUCAUUAGCAAUAAUGCAGUUUUCUCUUUUUAAUAAUUCAGGUUAACUAAAUAAGUAAACAGAAAACUAAUUAGUUUUAAUUGUACAAUACAAACCUUGUUGAAAAUAGCUGGCAUUAACAAAUUAUAGAAGAAGAAGAAUAGUAUUCUUUGCAAUAUAACCGUGAAAGACAAUCUGUGAACAGUCAAAGAGGUGACCCGCUGUUUGGAAUUAGGAAAGAGUUACUCAGGGAGAAGAAUCCUAAUUCAGAUCAUUCCAUUGUGUUAUGUUUAAGGGAAGUGCACGGAGUUUAUUAGAUGCCUGGUGCUUAUACAUUUCAAAGUCCAUUACUGAACUCACGUAAUCUUGUCUGUGGCAAGUUAACCCACGAAUUUACUUUUAUCAUAGUAUUUAUACUAGAUCAAAUAUACGAAAGCGAACGCAUAGAAAGAAAUCUUACAGCACAAAAAAAGAAAUUUGUUUUUAUGAACAUUUCCUUUGAGUGAACAAUGUAUGUUUUCUCCUUCUGUUUUAACUCACUAUUUUCCUUAAAGGACGUUUCGCUCAUAUUGUAGGAUAGGAAAGUUUCUCUCAUACAGCGGGUCAAUCUUUCAUAAAAAGCUAAAUAGUAUAAAUUACUGUAGCAAUACAUCUUCUUUUGAUAGUAUCAAUAGAUUUCCAAAAACCAAAGUAGCCAUAGCAGUUCACAAUAAGAGACUGUGACAAUGGCAAAACGGUGGUGCGUAUUUAUUUAUGUAUCUUUCUCUUGGCCUGUUCAGUACAGUUCUAGAUUUUAAAUUCAGCUAAUAAUGCUUUGCAUUUAUAUAGCGCUUUUCUCACUACUCAAAGCGCUUAGCAAUUGCAGGUUAUAAUAAUAAUAACUCAUUACAUUAAGGGCCUUGCUCAAGGGCCCAACAGAGCAGAGUCCCUAUGGGCAUUUACGGGAUUGCCAGUGCAGAUCCCUAGCCUCAGAGCCACAGGUUUUUUUUUGUUCAAAAAUAAUAUAUUUUAUUUAUGUUGCACCUUUCCCAUGCUCAAUGUGCGUAUAUAAACCACGUACAUUAUAAUUUAGUGCACUUUAAUGAAUGACUUACUAUACAGAAUAAAAAUGGUGAUGAUAAAACCAGCAGAAUCAGAGAUAUUAUUCUUUUUACUUUUGAUUUUGCAUACAGAACAACAUGUAGCUACUCACUGAGGCUGUAACCAGUCUACUGUGUUUUAGUUUAAAAACGCAGAUAUUAGUCUUCAUUUUCAUAAUUCAUCCACACUUGAAAACUGAUACUUUCCAUAAUGCUCCCCAGAGCCGUGAAAGAGCCAGCUCAGCGUUGCAAUGUGGACGAGUGAAAACAGAGACUUUUUGCUCUGAUUUGUUGUUACGUAACCCUUCCCUUACUGGACCCUGCGUAUUAAAACGUCUCAUUCUCUGAUUGGUCAGUCUUGGCGGAAGACAACCAUACUCUAGUAAAGCGGGCAUAGAAGAGUGGCUUUCCGUGGUGCGUAUUGUGUUUGCUUAGCUGUAUGCAUUUAAAUUAUAUGAGCAAUAGGCAAAUAACGUACCGGUUGCCUCUGUUUUGCAAUAAAUCCCAUGGUCUGAUUAUUUCCAUCUCUUCAAUGGUUUUUCUGGCGAUGCAUGUUUGCCCAGUGUAGGCAAACGUCUACGUCACAUGCGUUUUUGGUCAUUUUAGUGUGGACAGAGAUACUUUUGUAAACUAUGUGAAUUGUGGAUGGAGAUUGUUUUCAGUUAGAAAUACCGUUUUUAAACGAAAAUGUUGCAGUGUGGACGUCACCUGAGUGAGCAGUGUAUGUAUAUGAUGAGCAGCCUUAACACAGUCAUGCCAGAUGCACUUGGCUCAGCAACCUGAAUUGAAUCAAAUUCAUUUCGACAGCGGUGUGCUUUGAUCCUUUGGGUAAUCUGCUUCACCUCAAUGCCAAAAGAGCCAGAACAAAAGCCUAGUUAACUGCUGCUACGGAGUCUGUCAUUCUGAGAAUAAAUGUAAAAAAAAAAAAAAAUUGGAUCCGAUAUGCUUGGUGACACAAUAACACGAAGUUUCAAGUUUAUUUUCUGACUCGUUUGUAAAUCACUCAGAAUGGGAAUUCCAACCCUUUUUACUAAAUUCACCCUAAGUAGUCUGUUACUGAAUCAACGAGCAAAUUUACAAACCUGCCUCGGUUAAUUUGGUCAUUUUGAGCACAUGCUACAUGUUGUCUGUUCAUUUUAUAUACAAUGUCAGACAUAAGCAGAUGUCACUAAGCCUGACAUUUCCUAAUAACAGCAUUUCAAAAUGGAACUCCAAAGACCGAGUCAAUUUGGAAAAUUUGCUCUUCAGUUUGUUUCAAGCAAUACAAAAACCAGCCAAGCAUUGCCAUUUUUUUUUCUGUUCGGUAUUUGCAUUGAAAUGUUUCAAUCAGCAUUUGAGAUUAAAGUAUUGUUAUAUUCUUCUGUUAUUAAAUAUAAGUCUCAGGGCAGCCUACAAUAUAAAAAGCACAAAUGAAUAUGACUGGGUACUAACAGUAUCCUGAUUGUGAAGAUGUCCACACUUUGUUUUUAUUUAUUAUGACGGUAGUUACCACGUAUGUAAAAUAUUUAUUAUUUAUAUCCCCUCAUUUAUUACAGUACUUUUCACCCCUUUUUUUUUUUUUUGUUAAAGAGCCAACCUACAAUGCCGGGGUGAAAACCAUCUGUCCUACCUGGUUGGAUUGUGGGCUGUCCUGAAGUGCCAACGUUCUUAAGGAAGGCAUUGUAGCUGGCUGCUUCCUUUGUCUGUGCUUGCUGUGUUUGUCUGCUCCUUCAAGGAGACGUAUGUGAAAGUUAGUGGUAAUGGACUUGUGGGCUGAUCGACCACACGAUUAUUUGAUCGCCCGGUUAUAUGUAUAUGUAGUUAAAGAGCCAGGCCCAGACAAGGCUUUGAAGUGUGUAGAAGCCCAGUGGCAGGUGGUGAGUUUGUGACGUGUAUAUUUUAUUUCUGUAGUGCAUCUGAUGACACCUGUUUAACACUGCUCUCAUUUUCCAAAGCAAAACAGGCAUAAGUAUAAAAAUGAAAAAGCAAACCUUCUAGCCAUAAACGAAUGUCAAGCAAUAAUAUAAAUGUUGACUUUUUGUGUGUAGGUUAAAAAGAUAUUUUAGACAUUUGCAUGUAAAUAUUAUCUCUUAUUUAUCACAUUUUUAUUUCCAUCUGUGUAAGCAACUCUUUCUGUUCCUCUUUUGAGAACUAAGGACUUGUGAUCGCCUGUACAUCCUUUUUCUCUCUCUCUCUCUCUUUCAGCUUUUAAUUCAUAAUAUUUAAUGUUAUUAUUGAUCACAUGUAUAGAAGUAACUUUAUAACUUCUGUCUGUAUAGGUAAGAAGAAAAUUCUGCUAUAAACGCCUACUCAGUGCAAAUAUUUAUCUGUUUAUUAUAAAAUGAAAAACAACAACAACAAUAUGCUGUACAAUAUCUCUGUUUUAGUAUUCAACUCUCUUUUAGACUUAGUUCGAUAGAGGUAGGGUGUGCUGAUAUUUUGUGUUGAUUCUAAUGUGUGGUGCUAGGUAACUUACUUUUGUGAACAAGCAAAUCUUGAUUCCUAGACUAGGCCACCCUUCUCAUCCAAUUAAUUUCACUGAGUAUUGAUGCAUUAUUAAAAUUAGUGCUAUAAACUAUUAAUAAUAAUAACAACAAUGACAUUUAAUACCCAGCAGGUACCUGUAUCAGAGUGCUAGACUUGGGAUAUGGCUUUUUUUCUCACUUUAAAAUCAUUAGCCAAGAAGCACAGGCUUAACUAAAAAACAAAACGAAAAGAAAAAGAAAGAAAGAAACUUCAGAUGUGGACAACGGCGGGACCAUUCAGACCAACUUUUAAGAUUCUCACUUCACACGCAGUCUGGAGAGAGUCACAUAUUCUGACAAAUGAUGGCUUUGGAAUAAACAUUGGAACAUUGGAUUCUAAAAGAGCUUUCAUUGAAAUAGUACUGUAAAACAAUGAGACAGCUGCUAACUAUCCAGGGUGUUUUCAUCUUGGUCCAAAAAUUAUCCGACACCAGCACAACAUCAUCUCUUCAUUAUUUAAAAAAUAAAAUACUGAUUUUUAUGCUGGCUAACAGACCUAGAAAUCUGUAGUCGAAAUGCAGUUCCAGUGGAAUUGUAUGCACUUACAAGCACAUACCUCUCAGAAUGCAAGACAAAAAUCGCUAUUUUAGAAAAGGAGGGCACCCAAAAGGUGCAACUAUGAUGCAUGGUAAACCUAACAACGUAUCCGACGUUGAAUAAUGUCAGAGCAGUCACUGAUACAGAUACUUCUGGCUAUCAACAGUGGAAACUUACAACACAAACCUAAAACUUUACGUUAAAAAGAAUCUUUUUAAUGUUGCAGUCCAGUAUUGGAAAUAUGGUAGUCAUCUGCCAGUUAGAUUUUGAUGGAAGUUGGCUAACCCAAAACAGAGCAAUGCAAUCUGUAGUUAGGAUUUCUCUCCCCUCUUACAUACAUACAUGCACAUAUAUAUAUAUAUAUAUAUAUAUAUACAUACACACACACACACACACACUCAAACACAUGCAACACCAUUUAAACUGAAUGCAGAAGAGCAAGUGUGCAAAGAUUACAGUCACAUAUGCCACUAAGUAGAAUUUUCUAGCAAUGCAUUGGAGGAAUCAAAUAUGGAAAAGCUAUCUUAUUGGAAACAGUGUAUUUUUUAUGAUAAUCUGGAAAUAUGCACUUAAUGUUUGUGUUUCUUUAGUAGGUUCUCAUUUAUAUAAAUUGGUAUGGAGUUGUCCAAUAUUUUUCUAUCGAUUAUUGACCCAACAGGUAUUGGGUGUAUGUUUUGAACAAGACAAGUAGGCCACAUGUGUAUGACAAAUAUUUGCUAAUGAUCUUAAACUGACACCCGAGGAUCACGUUUUAGCAUCUGUUUUAAAUUAUCUUAAAAGUAUAGUCUCUCCACAAUAGUAGUUUUGCUCCUCCUUGUCUGAUUCCUAAAUAAAUAAAAAAAAGUAUUUUGAUUCAUUUUGUAAAUAAUGCUGUAAAGAAAAUAAGAAUUUAAUGUUGUCUUUUAAAUACUUUUCAUUCUAAUAUGAAUGUUGUUAUAUUGUACUUAGAAACUGUACCUUUAAUAUUACCUUUAUUAAAAGUGCAUCAAACACAUCGAUUUUAGAUGUGCUUUAUGUGCUGUUAUCCCAUAAUAAAGAGUACAGCUUGUAAUGGGACUUUGAUUGUCUAUCUCCUUCAUUAAAACCGUCAUUGCUUUUUGUGAUUUCAC